AUGCUAUGCGAAGGUGUGGUCUCAACCUGGCAGGCAGUUGUGGUGACGAACGAGGUGUUUGCCCGCAUGGGGGAGUCGAGGGAGCUGCCGUGCACCUACAGCACCACGCCUGAGAAGGGCUUCACCCUGGAAUGGCGGUUCGCGGGCCUGGGCACACCUGCCAUCCAGGCCCAGAGGGUGAUGUACUUCAAUGGAAAUGUGUACUGGGGCAAAUCCUGGGGAAACCAGGCGGAGCUAGUCCAGAACCCACCCACGAAAGGCACCGCUUCUCUUCGCAUCUUGAACGUGCAGCCAUCCAACGCGGGGAUUUACAUAUGUGAGGUCACGAACCCUGUGGACUGGGAGAGCAGCGGACAGGGCCUGAUCAACUUCACUGUGCUCGUGCCUCCCUCUACACCACAAUGCAAGCUGAAUGGAAAUCCCUAUGCGGGAAAUGAUGUCACACUCACAUGCAAAGCAUCCUAUGGUAUUCCUGCUCCCAUCUACUCUUGGAGCCGAGAGAAGAACGCACCUCCGCUGUCACCAGACAACCUAGUGGAAGACCAGAAGGGCGGCUCCCUGAUCCUGCGCAACCUGUCAUCCUCCUUCUCCGGAAGCUACACCUGUAUGGCCUCCAAUGAGUUAGGGAGCUCUAUGUGUGCGGUGGCCCUCAGAGUCACCUACAUUAACAACGCACUGAUCAUCGGCAGCGCUGUGAUGGCCACCUUCAUCAUUCUCCUCCUCCUGGCAGCAGUGUUAGCCUACUUCCUGUGCAAGAAGAAACCCAAACCAACUCAAGAAAAACAAGAACAGAGAGAAACCCAGAAAAACCGUGCAGCUCACCCUGAGGACCACCUGCUCGACAACGCAGAAGAACCCCCAGAAGCUUCUAGAAGCUUCAGUCACCACCGGCGUAUGGGACCCUCAAAGCCCAGCAUCCUGGUGUAG